CUGCAAACACUUCUGCUGUGUAAAUAAAUAAAGUUACGAACGACAUUUUGACUCGGUUUUGUGACAUCUCUAUAUUAGUUUCCAUCGUUAAUUUCACCAUGCCCUUAGGACUAAAGCCUGCUUGUUUCAAAUGUGACACUAGUGUGUCAGAAAUCUGGCAAAAAACAAUAGAAGGAAACACAGUUUGCAAUGAUUGUUUUUUAGGCAAAAUGACGGUACUCGUGAAAACGGAAACUACGCCUGUUGAAAAGGCGCCUUCGCCGGAACUGAAGUUUCAGGAAGAAGAUGUUUACGUUGAAACUAUUGAAGUGGAUGACUCUAUUGCUGAUGAACCUGCUGAUGAUGUAAAGCCACGUAAUGAAUUUGGCCCAGGGACGAGGUCAGGCAAUACAACUUUAAAUGUUAGAGGUGGACGAACAGGAACAAAAAAGACACGAGGAAGAAGCAAAAAACUAGGAACUGCAAGCAAAGCAACAGUUGGUAAAGGACGAGGACGACGUGCUGUUUUCAAAAAGCAGCUACCAUCUAAAGCUCCAACUGUAGUUUCAACCUCUUUUACUAGUGGUCAUCUUUUUCAUCAUGACAUUUAUUACCAAGUGGGUGAUAUUGUGUCCGUAACAGACGAAGAUGACGGGGUUUACUAUGCCCAGAUUCGUGGUCUUCUGCAAGACCAGUUUUGUGAAAAAAGUGCUGUAUUAACAUGGCUGAUUCCAACCCAAAGUUCACCACCCCCAGAUCAUGGAUUUGAUCCACUAACAUACAUCCUGGGCCCCGAAGAAGAGUUGCCGCGUAAAUUGGAUUAUCUAGAUUUUGUAAUGCACGCUCCAAACGAGUACUACAAGUUGGACGAAAACAUUCGAGUAUCGAGUGAAAAGGAUGCUGGCUAUAUUUGGACGAGUAUGGGUGCCGUUCGAAGAACUAUUCAUUCAUGAAGGAUAGCAUUAGCACAAAAUGGAUUUCGUGUUAAAAAAGAAAUCAAUAACAGCUUACUUCUUCCUUUGGUCCUCCGAUUUUAAAACAAUGCCAUUUGGUUUCUUAGCUUCCUAAGAAAUUAUUCCUGUAUUCUGCACUACUUCAUUGAAAUUAGAUGGAGAAUGAAUAUCCUUGUUCAAAAUGAAUUGCUAUAUUUCUUUAGAUGGUGUAAACAAGAUUAUCAAGAAUUCAAUGGUCUAGACAGCUAAACGUGGAAAACAAUUAAGGAUUCCAAAUGUGUGUGCUGCAUUUUGCCUUUACGGAAUGCUUUUUGAACUAAAAAACCUGCAUUGCGUUAAAAUAUUUCAUGCUAUUUAUGUUCAUGUUCGCGUUUAAUCGUUUAACGUUAUGCAGUAUUAUAAUACGAUAAUUAUGAUGGUGGAAUUAUGUUAAA